GAUGUUUUAGGAAGAAAAUAUAUCGUAGACGGCAUUUGAUAUUGUAGUGAAUUAUGAGAAAUAAUUUCUUUAGAUCUUCACGACAUGGAAAUGGUUGUGCACUGGUUUUGAUAGCUAUGAUCAGUUUUGUGAUUUUUAUAUUUAUAAGAACUCCCACUUAUCGGACAGCAGUUACCACUCGUUCUGAGGUAGAUGGGCGUCAAGUUGUAAUUGAGAGUAUCACCAAUGUAGGCCUCCAUGAUGAAAAUGACGCGUCUCAACCAGACGUGCUACGAUGGGAUGGUACACAGUGGUUAAAGUGGCCAAAUUUGUGUAUUGAUAAGGACUUCCGAAAUUACACAGUUGCCGAUUUGUACGUUCCAUCUGGAAAAAUUCCGUUUUUUGUUCAUGAAAAGAGUCGUGAUAAUUUUGUUUCAAGAAUGAUAUUAAAAUACCAUACAUUUGAACCAAGUGAUAUCAAACUCAUGUAUGACUGUUUAAAAGAGGACGAGGGUAUGGGUUUGUUAGACGUUGGCUCUCAUGUAGGCAUUUAUUCGGCCACUGCAGCAUUGAUGAAUCGUAAGGUCAUUACAGUUGACCCCCUGUAUAUGAAUGUUUAUGCGUGGUGUAGCUCGAUUGUGCGAAAUAAUUUCAAAGACAAUGUCAAAAUAGCAUACACAAUAGUUUCAAAUAUGCAUAGAUUAAUGUAUUUUGUGACAGAUGGAAUAAGGAUCGGAGCUACAAGAGUUUUCGCGGCAGAAGAUCAAACCGAGAAGGUCACACCAUUUGAUAGAAAAUUUACCGUGUCAGCCAUGUUGGACGAUCUGAUACCGGAAAUAACAUUUAAAAAGAUUUUUAUGAAACUGGACGUAGAAUCUCAUGAGUUUGAAGUUAUAUCUGGUGGCAGUAAACUGUUUAAGGAAUUUGAUGUGAGGUAUGUUUUAAUGGAAUGGGUCAAUCAUGUUAAUAGAGACAAUGUUAGAGACUUAAUGAUCAAAUAUGGUUAUAAAGCCUUUAGGACUGAUGGAGAUAAAGGAGCAGUCGAUUGGAAAUCUCCCCGUAGAAAACCCCUUUAUAACGUUUUGUGGAAAAAAAUAAAUUAAAUCUAAACAAAUUGUCGUGUUUGUAAUACUUAAGGGACUACUAUCGUGCAUAGCAAACAUAUUUCAACACAACAGUGAACUCUCGCUGAUCCAAGGUGAUUGGUGACUCUCAUUUAAGAUGGUGGCAUCUUAAAUUACAAAAUAAUUUUACAAGCUCAGAAAAUGAAAGAUUUAGAUUUAACUAAAAGAGAUUGUAAAGAGGUUUUCUAUUAUUUAUGUCUGUCGGGGACACUGAUAGCAUCAAUUUGGACCAUUCCAAGUUUCAGUCAGAUGGCGCAAAUUGGUGUUAUUUGUGUCUCCGAUACACAUACAUUUUUAGUUAACCUUUUUACAUUCCCUUUAACAAUCACGUCAUAUUUUACUGUCAUUGAGACAGCUUUAAUAUUCCUUUUUGAAACAUGUUUAUGUUGGCAUUAAAAUGAUCUAUAAAUUU